GAGCUUUCUGUUAAGCAUCAAUGGCGGAAAAUUCCAAAUUUCCUCGAAGAAAGUAUAACCUGGUUCCCAGAGAUCUUGGAAGAUUCUGAGAAUUAAAUUCAUGGGUAUAUUGAGUUACGCCGUCGCCGGCGGUGGAUUUGCAGUCAUCGGCGCGUGGGAGUCACUCGACUCAUCGAACCUGGAUCCGAAUCCAUCUCCUGGUACUGAUCCAUCUUCUUCCCCAAUGGCUCAGAUCAGUCCUUCGCCGCCCAAAUCUGUUGGAUCAUCUUCCAUGCCCGUAGCUAUGCUUUCGUCUCUGUUUAUUGCGAACUCGAUAUUCUCCUUCUUCAGCUCAAUCGGAUCCCGCGAUCGGGUCGGGUCGAUGAUCCAGUUACAGAUCCUGGCGGUGGCAGUGCUAUUCCUAGUGUACGCCAUUCUUACAUAUCUGGUCAACUCCAAAAACGCUGUCUUUGUCGCUCUACCGUCUUCGCUUACGACGUUAGUGCUUCUCUUCGGCUUCAUCGAGGAGUUCUUGAUGUUCUACCUGCAGAAGAAAGAUGUCUCUGGAAUAGAGAAUCGUUAUUACGAUCUCAUGCUCGUACCCAUCGCCAUCUGCGUCUUCUCCACGGUUUUUGAGCUGAAAUCUGACGCAAACACGCAUCGAUUCGCGAGAUUAGGUCGUGGGAUCGGUCUGAUUCUGCAAGGAACUUGGUUUCUGCAAAUGGGGAUAUCGUUUUUCACCGGUUUGAUUACUAAUAACUGUUCAUUUCAUGAGAAGAGCAGAGGCAAUUUUACGAUCAGAUGCAAAGGACACGGUGAUUAUCACAGAGCCAAAGCUAUAGCAACUCUUCAGUUUAACUGUCACUUAGCUUUGAUGGUGGUUUUGGCUACCGGAUUGUUCUCUGUCGUUGCAAACAAGAAAGGUUAUCUCCGUGAAGAUCACUCCAAAUAUCGGCCUCUCGGAGCUGAGUUGGAGAAUUUAAGUACGUUCACUCUCGAUUCUGAUGAAGAAGACGUGAUUGGAGAAGAGAGCCACGUAACUAAAGAUGCUGGUCUCAAUGGAAUCAGCUCACACGAUUGAAGGUACAAAUCAAAGUUUCAGUCUGGUUUAGUUUCUGUUCAAUUUAGAAAUGUUGUUGGUCAAUGGGAGGAUUAAAGAUGAUAUGUAAUCAAACACACGAGAAGAUAAUAAUAAUGUUGACUCUUUUGCA